CAGUGUGUCGCGCGGGCUGUCUUAUGUCUAACUCUUGCAGCGCACCAGCAGCCUGCAGUCCGCACUGUUUCCGUGGAGCUGACGGCGACCUGCUCACGCCACAGGUGAGGUGCCUUUACUCUCUGGACCAAACCACCAGUGCUGAAAAUGAAGAUCUGUGUUGCUUUUGUUGUAGUAGCUGUUCUUCACGUCGCUCAGGCUGUUUGUCCAGAUCAGUGGCCUGGUCUUCAACCCUGGACGCCGGGUCACAAUGAAGCCCACAGAGUCACCAUCGGAUACGGCCGCAGAGUCGUCCUCACCUCAUCUGCAACAGUCCAUUCCAUCGAGAUCCUCAACGGAGGGAAGCUUGUGAUUGCUGAUUCCAGUCGGCCCAUUUUGCUGCGGACGAAGCACAUCCUGAUCGGGAACAAGGGCGAACUCCACAUCGGCAGUCCAGAAUGCCCUUACAAAGGCAACCUCACCAUCUCUCUCUUUGGCAGGUCUGACGAUAGUGAGGUUGAGCACAGCUAUUUUGGCCGAAAGUAUGUUGGCGUCGGAACUGGAGGAACCUUAGAGAUUCAUGGAAACAAGAAGCUGUCGUGGACGUUCCUGAACAAAACCCUGCAUCCGGGCCAGGGAAACGAGAACAGCUACCAUUUCGAGAGGAGCUGGGGAAACAGAGGCAUCAUCGUUCACAUCAUCAACCCCAAAACCGGAGAUGUGCUUCACACCGACAGAUUUGACACAUAUAGGAGCAAGGACGAGAGCAGACGGCUGGCCCAGUACGUAGACGAGGUUGAAACGGGGCAGAUCUUGGCUAUGGUGGUUAAUGACGAAGGAUCCAACAACCUGGAGGAUCUGGCUAAAAAGGCUCUUACUAAACUGGGGAGCCGGCACUUCCAUCGACUCGGUUUCCGGCAUCCGUGGAGUUUCAUUACAGUCAAAGGAGACGCGUCCUCAGCAGUGGAGGAUCAUGCCGUCUAUCAGGGAACCAAGGCUUCAUCUGAGGCCCGGAGCUCUCAGGUGUUUCACUCAGGUUAUGGAGAGCAUUUUACCAUCACCACUGUCAGCCAGUGGGUGCAAGAGGCCGAAUGGACAGAAUGGUUUGACCGCGAUGAUGAGAGAGGAUCGGGUGACUGGGAGAAACUGUCUGACCUCCACAAAGCUUUCCCUGAGAGGAUGUGCAGUAACCCUCUAGAUAUGGAGGCUGAAACUCUUGACGGCAUCCCUGCCAACAUGACAGGAGAAGUCUUCUCCAAGUUUGACAGAAACUAUGGCUUUGUGUGCCUCAACAAAGAGCAGCUGGAUGGGAUUUGCCACAACUACCACGUGCGUUUUCUGUGCGGAAAGCUGGUGCGUCCGCAGGCCUCCAUCUCUAUCGACACCUCGUCUAACUGCAGUAUUCUGGAUGUGGCGGAUGAACCUCAUGGUUGGAUGUUUGGCGACAGGAUCGUUGUGGCCAGUACGGAUUAUUCAAUGCAUCAAGCUGAAGAGUUCAGGAUCCUGCCUUGUCCGUCCUGCUCUAGGAACCAGAUCAAAGUGGAAGGCAAACCAGCUUACCUCCACAUAGGAGAGGAGGUGGACGGUGUGGACAUGCGGGCAGAGGUCGGACUGCUCAGUCGCAACAUUUUAAUCAGAGGCGAGAUGGAGCCAAGCUGUUACGGCAAUGAAGCCUGCAAGUUCUUCUCCUUCGACACGUUCGGUGGACAUCUCAAGGUGGAGCGAGGCUUCCGUGCGGUGCAUGUUUCAGGGGUGGAGUUGAAACACAUGGGACAGCAGUCGAUGGGUCACUAUCCAGUCCACUUCCACAUGAACGGGGAUGUGGAUGAGAAGGGAGGCUAUGACCCGCCAACUUACGUCAAAGACCUGUCCAUUCAUCACUCAUUCUCCCGCUGCGUCACCGUUCACGGAUCCAAUGGGCUGCUGGUGAAGGAUGUUGUCGGCUACGAUGCUUUAGGGCACUGUUUCUUCACUGAAGACGGUCCGGAGGAGAGGAACACGUUUGAUCACUGUCUGGGUCUUCUGGUGAAGGCGAGCACACUGCUGCCCUCCGACAGAGACAGCAAGAUGUGCCGAGAUAUAACCAAUGGAGCUUUUCCAGGAUACAUCGCCAAACCACGGCAGGACUGCAGUGCCACCUCCACCUUCUGGAUGGCGAACCCCAAUAACAACCUCAUCAACUGUGCGGCGGCGGGAUCUGAGGAAACUGGGUUCUGGUUCAUUUUCCACCACGUCCCCACCGGUCCAUCAGAGGGCAUGUACUCGCCCGGCAAGUCUGAACAUACACCGAUGGGGCAGUUCAUUAAUAACAGAGCUCACUCCAAUUACAGGGCGGGGAUGAUCCUGGACAAUGGAGUGAAGACGACUGAGGCUAAUGCGAAAGACAAGAGGCCGUACCUCUCUCUUGUAGGAGCCAGGUACGGCCCACACCAGGAUGCUGACCCCUUUAAACCAAGAGUUCCUGCUUUAGUUCAUCAUUUUGUGGCCUAUAAAAACCAGGACCAUGGAGCAUGGCUAAGAGGAGGAGAUGUUUGGCUGGAUGAAUGCCAGUUUGCUGAUAACGGAAUCGGCCUGACUCUCGCCAGUGGUGGAACAUUCCCGGAUGAUGAUGGAUCGCGUCAGGAGGUGAAAAACUCUUUAUUCGUGGGUGAAAGCGGGAAUAGAGGGAUGCCGGACUUGAAUGAUCAGUCCUGGGGACCCGGAGGUCCUGAUCAUCUCGGCAGAUCUUUGCCCAGAGGAGUGGAUUUCCCCAUUCGUGGAAUGCAGAUCUACGACGGGCCAAUCAACAUCCAGAAUUGCACUUUCCGCAAGUUCAUAGCGCUUGAUGGACGACACACCAGCGCUUUUGGUUUCCGGUUGAACAACUCGUGGCAGAGCUGCCCGAACAACAAUGUCACAGACAUCACCUUCGAUGACGUGCCAAUCACCUCACGGGUGUUUUUUGGAGAGCCAGGCCCCUGGUUCAGCAAGAUGGAGAUGGAUGGUGACAAGACAACCAUUUUCCAUGACAUCGAUGGCUCAGUGAGCGAAUAUCCCGGCGCUUUCAUAGUCAAAGAGGACAACUGGCUCCUCAGACACCCCGACUGCAUCGAUAUUCCCGACUGGAGAGCCGCAAUCUGCAGCGGACACUACGGACAAAUUUAUGUCCAGACUCGGAACCCAGCGAGCCUGAACCUGAAGCUGGUGAAGGACGAGUAUCCUGAGCGACCGCUGGAGCUGGUCGGCGCUCUGGGAAAGAGGAACCACUAUCAGCAGUUCCAACCGGUGGUCAUGAUGGGGAAGGGAUACACCAUGCACUGGGAUCAAGCGGCUCCGGCAGAGGUCACCAUCUGGAUCAUCAACUUCAACAGAAACGACUGGAUAAAUGUGGGCAUCUGCUACCCGAAAGGCACAACGUUCACCAUAAUCUCUGACAUCCACAACCGGCUUACUAAAGAGACCAGGAAGACUGGAGUGUUUAUGAGGACCACGCAGAAAGAGAAGAUGAGCCACAACCACCAGAUCAGAGGAUACUAUUUCUGGGAGGAGGACACUGGGCUGCUCUUCCUCAAAAUCAAAGCGCACAAUGAGAAGGAGGACUUUGCGUUCUGCUCAGUGAAGGGAUGUGAACGAGUGAAGAUCAAAGCUGCCAUUCCCCCCGGCAGCGGGCCGAGUGACUGCCAGGCUGAAGCCUAUCCCAAACAUGCAGAAAUGCCCGUCGUAGACGUGCCCAUGCCCAAAAAACUGCCCCGCUCCAGACUGCCUCACACACCACAGCACUUCCUUGAAGUCAAGCUGGAAUCAUACAACACUCGCUUCUUCCACAUCAAAGAGGACUUUGCCUAUACUGAGGUGAAUGGCAAGAAAAUCUACCAAUCAGAGGAUGGCAUUCAUGUGACUGUGAUCGACGGCCACAGUGGUAAAAUCCUGGAGACUAAAGGCUUCAGGAACUCAAUACUGAAGGGAAUUCCAGCACAACUAGAAAACUACAUCACAAACCUCAAAGACGAGUCAGUGGUUUUGAUCACGUCUAAAGGAAAACUGGUCAGCAGAGGGCCAUGGACCAAACUACUUGAGACCCUCGGAGCAGAUCAGACGGUCAAGUUGAAAGAUAAACUGGCCUUUGUGGGCUUCAAGGGCUCGUUCCGGCCUGACUGGCUGAAGAUGAGUGUUGAUGAUGAGCGAGUCAAACUCCACCAAGUGCUGCCGAUUCCUGUGGUGAAGAUGAUGAAGCUCUGAAGACCGACUGACUACUGAAACCCACAUCUCAGCCCAGCAUGUGUUUCUGUUUCCCGGCCCAUUCCACUGUAUGUGACAACGUGGACGUCAAGUGCUUUUUUGGAUCGUGUCGUCAAUUGAAUAUACUUGAGUUUCAAUGGGCGAAAGAAAAACAAACAAAAAAAACGAAUGAACUGAAAACAAACGCAACAUUCCUUGUUUUCGUCCCUCUGGGUGAUGUUUGCCUUCAUGUUUUCAUUUAGUUUUUUAUAAAUAUGUAGAAAAAAAAAGAUUUCAGAUUGUAAACGUCGUGAGGUUUUCUCAUUUUUCUGUGUCGCGCACAACAGUUGGUUUCGUUUGCGUUGAACAAGAGAGCCAGCAUAAAAUAAUAAUAAAUAGUCGCACUUAAAGGUACAGUUCACUUUAAAAAAUAAAAUAAAUAAAUUCCUCACUAUUUACUAAAACUUUUGUUAAUUUAUAUUAGAUAUUUUGAAGAAUGUUAGAAAAACGCAAACAUUUGCUACGCCCGAAAUCGCCUAAUACUCAGUAGGUACUGCAUUUGAAUUUAAACGUACUACACGACCAUUAGAAAAGUACGUUCUAGAGAGUAUGAAUGUCAGUAGUAUGAACGGAACUCGGACGUACUACAUCCGCCAUUUUGUCAUGAUCACAUGACCUAUCCAAAUCAGUUGCCUCACUUCACUCCCAUUUAUGAAUUCUGUAGCGGUGCAUCAUGGGAUUGCAUAGCAUUCGUCAGAUGCGCACUUAAGAAUUUUGCCAGAAGUUGUAGGUCAUCCGGGUACUUCUCGCAUACUGUUUUUCGAAUUCUGUGAGUUGGGACAUACUACUCGGCUCACAUACUGUUUUUAGCAUACUAUACAGUAGUGGUGGGCAAAGCGAGGCCAGUUACACUGUGCACAUGCACGGUCCACUAGGCUACAUAACAUCUGUGUGUUUCGAAUCACUUUAGUCACGUGACCUGGGUGUUUCGAAUCACUUUAGUCACGUGACCUGGGUGUUUCUAAUCACUUUAGUCACAUGACCUGGGUGUUUCGAAACACUUUAGGUCAUGUGACCUGGGUGUUUCGAAACACUAGUCACAUGACCUGGGUGUUUCGAAUCACUUUAGUCACGUGACCUGGGUGUUUCGAAUCACUUUAGUCUCGUGACCUGGGUGUUUCGAAACACUUUAGUCACGUGACCUGGGUGUUUCGAAUCACUUUAGUCACGUGACCUGGGUGUUUCUAAACACUUUAGUCACGUGACCUGGGUGUUUCGAAACACUUUAGGUUAUGUGACCUGGGUGUUUCGAAACACUAGUCACAUGACCUGGGUGUUUCGAACACUUUAGUCACGUGACCUGGGUGUUUCGAAUCACUUUAGUCACGUGACCUGGGUGUUUCGAAUCACUUUAGUCACGUGACCUGGGUGUUUCGAAUCACUUUAGUCUCGUGAACUGGGUGUUUCGAAUCACUUUAGUCACAUGACCUGGGUGUUUCGAAUCACUUUAGUCACAUGACCUGGGUGUUUCGAAACACAUUAGUCACAUGACCUGGGUGUUUCUGUAUAGUAUGGAAGUAUGCGAUUUCGAACGCAGCUAUUGACUUUUAUGGUAGAUGUAAAAAAACAAAUACUAUAAAAGUCAAUAGCAGUUUUUUCAACAUUCUUCAAUAUAUCUUCCUACAUGUGUAACAGAAGAAAUAAAAAAAAUUAGUAAAGGGGACCUAUCAUGUAAAAAUCAGCCUUAUAAGGGGUGUAAACACAGUUGUUGCAACAGUCUGUGAAUAUAACCAGCUUCUAAUAGUUAACAUAUUCAUUUUUAUUAUUUAUAGUCACACUUGAUGAAAACAGUCUGCAGAAACACUUUGAUUGACAUUCUCCCUUUGUACGCGUCAUCAGAGGGAAAAAGCCACGCCCACUAGUGACCAUCUCUCCCUCACUAGUAUAGUCUUGUUUUUAAAUCUGCCCCUAUGCUGACACAUAGGCACUUGUAGCUCCACCCUCUUUGGAAAAGAGCACUAUCUCAUUUAAAUUUGAAGCGACAGUCACCAAACGGCACAAUUAGAAACAAAGCCUAAAAGGAACAGUUUCAGAGUAACAAAAACAUUAUUUGUGUGGUAUUCUGAGCUGAAACUUCACACACAUACUCUAGAGACCUUAGAGACUUAUUUUACAUCUUGUAAUAAGGGGGAUAAUAGGUCUCCUUUAAAAAUAAAAUUAGGUGUACUGUCCCUUUAAAGGAACAAGUCACCAGAAGAUCGAAAAUUUCAUGUAAUACCAUAAAAAAUAUGGUUUAAUCUUUAAGUAUAUGAGUAAAAGCACUAUAAAAAGUACUUAUAAUAUGAUGCAUAUUUACACAGACAUAUGUAAAUAAACAAAAAUGAGCACCAUGCAGUUUUAUCUUUUAAUACAACAGCACUGAUUUUCUGGUGAACUGUUCCUUUAAAUAGAUUAAUGGAGAAUGAAUCUGAACAUAAGUAGGUGUCAGCCAAUCAUAAAACGAUCAGAUCAGCGAUGAGGAAUCAGCUUUUCUUUGCUUUGGCAAGCAGAACGACCGUGUCCAUUUGCCGAAAUAGCUGGUCUUUUUUCGGGGAUUGUAAUUUGUUAGUGUUUUUGUAUGUUUUGUGUGUUUCUUAAAAAAAUGCAACAACUAAAAAAUCCUGAUUGAUAACAGAGAUAUAUUUUAUACUUAUUUAUUGUACAGGCACUAUUACACAAAUCCAGAAAAGGGACAUCUUCUAAGGGACUUUUAAGUUGUAAUGUAAUUCUGUCCUAUCUGUAAAAAUAAAACAACAACCAAAAAAAGCUAAAACUUUAAGUACAAUUUUCACUUCAGUGUAUAAUUCAAAUAUACAUGACAUUUACUUUAAGUUGUAUAUGGAUGUGAUGUAAAUGUGAAUGAUUUACAGGUAAUAAAAAUGUAUUACUUUAGAUAAAAAAAUGUAAAGACUUUUGUACAGAAAUAAAUCUUUUUUUUUUCCUCA